AACACAAGUUAUGGGUGAAAUCAAGAUUGCAUUAAAAAAGGAAAAUGAAGACAGAUGGAGAACAACUGAUAGUAGAAAUCCUUCAGUGCAGAAAUAUCACAUACAAGUUUAAAUCUCCAGAUCAUCUACCAGACCUGUAUGUGAAACUUUAUGUUGUGAACGUCUCUACCCAGAAGAGAGUAAUUAAGAAGAAAACCAGGGUAUGUAGGCAUGACCGAGAGCCUUCGUUCAACGAAACGUUUAGAUUUAGCUUGAGUCCUGCUGGACAUUCUCUUCAGAUUCUGCUUGUCUCCAAUGGAGGGAAGUUUAUGAAAAAAACGCUGAUUGGGGAAGCUUAUAUCUGGCUUGACAAAGUGGAUCUAAGGAAAAGAAUAGUAAACUGGCACAAACUGUUGGUCAGCUCUACACAAACACACUGAGCAGAGCUGUCUGCUUAGGGCGCAAAAGAGUCUGCUAUAACAGUAUCACUCCAAGACUAUUGUUUGAAAUCAUUGUGUUUAGCUAGUCUUUCUGAAUACAAAGUAGAAAAGAGCAGUCUCUGGGCUACAUAGCACAUUUAAAUGAGGGCUAGUACACUUGUUUUGCUGCAAAAGACAGCAAAGUAAAAAACAAAACAAAACAAAACAAACAAACAAAAAAAACAAGAACCUGGGCCCAGAAGUUAGGCUGUUUGAAAUGAAGACUGCUACGAGGGCUCCGUGUUGAUGGACUCUUUGUGAAGAGAGUAACUGUGAAGGAAAUAAUGAAGGCUGGAAAGCAGGUGUUAAUGCAUAGUUUGGCUGCAGCUGGAGGCAGUGUGAUGUAAAGUGCAGUCUGGUUUCCUGUGUAACCAGAAGGAGAUCAUUUUAUGCAAAAGCACCUAGGGUGACUAACUUUCCAAAUCUCACCUAUUAGAAGUGCAAACUUAUUCCUCUGCACUUUAGGAUCUUUUGUUGUAGUGAUAUUAUGCCACUUGACAAAACUGCAAUGUAUUUGCAAGAGUGGUAAUGUUCUUUUACAUUACUUUUUUUUCCUUCUUUCUUUUCCCUUUAAAAAUUAUGGUGUGGAGAAUCAGACCUUACUGUUGUUUUUUUUUUGUUUCAGUGUGUUAACAGUGGAUAUAAACCACUGUUCUAGAAUGAAAUGGAUAAAAAUAUACUAGUGAUUUGUAGUUUAGAAUGUGGUUUUGAAAAGAAAAGACAGUAUGUAAAAUGUACUACAUCGGGAAGAAAGAAUGCUGUUUCGAUUUCAAUGACACUGUACUUCACCCUACUUUUUAGCAGCUUUAACAAAAUUUGGAAUAGAGGAGAUACAAGCACUGAGGCUAACACAACUAUUUCAGCUAGUUCUUCUAUUUUUCAAUAAUCAGUCUUAUUCAAAAACUAUACGGAGAUGACAAACUGUCGACUAUCCCGUGGACAUUUUGGAGCUGUAGACCACUACCCUGAUCAGUGCAGGGCUCAUUGUCAACGUCACCUAAAAGCUAAAGAGAAGAGAUACCAGGAUGGCACCUGCCUGAGGGCUGUUGAGUUAAAAUUGAGAAUAUCCUCUGGUAUCUCAGUUCAAUAUCUGAGUACUGAGUUAUGAAAGAAGUAAAUAGGAAGGCAACUCGCAACACUUAAGAUUGUCAAAAAUUCAGGGACUGCAACUGAGCAGUUAGGUCACUUUGGGGAGCAACUACUGCAUGAGAUGGUUUAAGUUGGGUGUUGCAUUUUUCCUCUUAUUAUUUUUUGAGGAAAAAGAAGAGCUUUUAAGGAAAACAGUUCCUUUAAAAACAAGAGUCAAUGUGGUACUAACUCUCCUGUUCCUCAGAAGUUAGUUAAUAUUUCACAGCUUCAUUAGAAAAUGGUUUCCCUUGAAAUAUUACCUCAUGACCUUUACAUAGUUAAAAAGAAAAUUAUCUUAUUUGUGCACUUCAGACUUUUAUUUUUCUUGACCAAUAAGUACUUUUCACAAAUCAUUUAACGUGUGUCUUCAUCUGUUUUCUGAAGAUUUUUUUAUGUAGCACACUUCCAGAGGUUGUACAAGAUCAGAUGAAAAUAUUAUUUUUGAAAAUAAUACAUACUUUAAAAAAUAAAUAAAUAAAUGAAAAAAUGGAAAGAUAAAGCUUAGCACAUUCUGAACUUGGACUGACCAUUAUAAAACCACACACCAAUUAAUCUAAUGACACUUCUUACAUAGAGUUUUUGAUUUAUCUUUACCAACUUAAAAUAACAGAAAUAUGACAAGAAACACACAGAAAAUAUUAAAGAUAUAUGCACCAGAGAAACUCCCAUUAAUCUGCUGAUAACCUGCUGGUAGCCUGCUAGACUUGCAAGCAGAGCAAUCUUGUCUAAAUCCUAUCUGUUAAACACAGUGCCACUGACAGUGGAAGUAGGGGGUGUGCUUUAAUGUUGAAUUUUAUGCUUUCACCAGUAUGUGUGUACCUCACCUCUCUUACAUUUUAAAAGUCCUCUAGAGUUAUUGUAAACAUCCUGAAUGUUUUGAUGUUAUGUAUGUUUUUAUAAGAGGAUAAAUAUUUCAAAGACAAAGACCCCUUUCAAACAAACAAAAAAAAAUUGUGUGUGGAUAUAUUUGACAUGUGUGUUUCUCUUUUGGUGGGUUAUCUUGCAUUCCUGAUGGCUAUGCUGUGGUUGUCGUUUACUUUAAAAAAAAAAAAAUUAAAAAAAUAGUCCAGUUUCAAUAACUGUGCAAAGUACAAGCCAUGAGGUGUGCAAUUUUGUGCAAACUGCUGGUAAUUUUGUCUUGCUAAGAUUUAUUAUAAAGACAGCAAGUCAUGCUGGUAGUUGCUAUGGAGACUUCCAGCAGGAUCGAGAAAUAUCUGGCUGUCUUCCUGGGAAGCCUGUAAUCAUCACUCUUAAUUGAGAAAGAGGACAGGCGUGCUUUGCUCUCACAAUGUAUACAAAUGUGGCCAAUAUUUUUAUAUAAUAGUUGUGUUGAUUGGUAUAGCUGUUGCUGUAUGGAACAGCUAUCUUUGCCUGUUAAUCAGCUGUCAGCAACUGGUUUAAUUCAAGCAUCUUUGAUUCUCUGAACAACACACAACAUGUUUCUGGAUGUUGGAAUUGCAGUUUUGAUUCCCAUCAUGAAAAGCAAAGAGCAGAGUUUGUCAGGAGUGAAGCCAGUCUUGGACAGCUGCAGCAAGAAUGGGCUCCUUAGGUAUUGCACAGGACAGGACAGGGACAGACCUGGGCCCACACUCUCUCUCUUUUCCAAGGCAGCAACAUUUAGAGGUCAGAAGACAUGUCCAAAGUGUGCCAAGUUCCUUUUUUUGACCAAAUUUCUAGGUUGUACUGGAAUCACUCUAUGCAACACAGAUUCAUAUUUGAAUGCUUUUUUUCUUCUUUUUUUUUUUUUGCUUUGUUUUAUGUAUGAAGUCAGGAAAAUCUCUCUUGUGACAAUGUUUUUUAAAAAAUAAUCAAACAAGGACUAUUGGUAUUUUUUUACCUUUUUUGUAUAUAUCU